AUGUGCGGCAGCAAUAACGGCGUCAACGACGGCAACGACGGCAACGACGGCAACGACGGCAACGACGGCAACGACGGCAACGACGGCAGAAGUCUUGAUGUUGUUGUUAUACUGGGUUUUAGUUUAAACAGGGGGUAUUUGUUGUUAAGGAUUUUAGUGAACAGGGGGGAAUAUUCUCACUAUGUAUCGGUAGAAGUUCCCUAUUUGACAGUACUAUGGGAGGACUAUAUAGACAAAAAGGAUAUAGGGGUCCAGAAGGACGAUAUUGCGAACUUUGGGGAAAAAUUUUGGGGAAGUAUAGAGACAGUAUGGGAGAAAUUUAAAAAAUAUAUGCAGGACGAAGAACAGGCAGGUACAAUGCGAGAAUCGUGUGAAGCAUUAAUGGAUUCAGAGUCUACUAAAGGAUGGGGUCCAGGGGACAAAGAUAUAUGCGAGUUAACACUUAUAGCAUUACAUUUUAAACAUGACAUUUAUUCAGUGAUAGAGAAUGCAAACUUACAGAAUAUAGAUGGUAUGGUAGAUAGGGACAGGGACAUAAUAGUGUAUAUGAAGUGCAUUCUAGUUAAUAUAUUUAUGAAAAAAAUCAUAGGCAAAAACUGUUUAGCAGCAGAGGGCGGGCAAUUGGCAUUUAAUUAUGCGAAGGGAGUAUUCAACGAUAUGGCCGGGAAGCCGGUAGGUAAUAUUUCAUGUGAAGAGAAGGAUGCAAGGGAAGGGGGGGUACCAGGGGUGACAGCACAAGAUAGAGAUUUCUGGGAAAUAAUGGAAAGGUGGUUUGAAAGGAAUAAGGAAAAAAUAAUGGAUGGGGAUACGGGAGUAUGGGGUCCAGAGUGUAAAGUGGAAAGAACAGGAAGAAAGCAAGGGGGCAAGCAAGGGUUGGAAGUGAACGAUUUAAAGGAACAAGUGAAGAAUACAAUGGACGAGGUUGGGAAAGUUAUGGGUGAGAAGGUGAAGACAAUAAUAGAGAUGGUACGUGGAUGCGACAAUAAGGCCUGUAUGAAAAAGAUACUGGAGGACGCAAAGAACAAAGAAAAGGAGGAAACAUCCCGCCCAAAGGCUCCUACAGGGCACGAUCAGCAACGGGGGGCUCAGACAACAAAAUCAUCACCAUCAGGAUCUGCAGCACCACCACUAUCAGAACCAGGGAAAGUGGAAGAACGGAAUAAAACAGGAGCGGCAAGUGCGUCAGCAGUAACAUCAUCCAGCGCGGGUGCGGAGAACACAGGACAAGGGACAACACCGUCACCUGUACCAGCACAACCACUGGGAUCACCGAGGACUGAAACAGAAGCGGCGCCACCACCACCAGCGGCACCACCAACAGCUACCGGUGCAGAGGACACCCAAGGAUCCAGAUCACCACCUCCUCCACCAGAACCGUCAAGUCCGACAGUACCGUCAGACCCAGGACCUGAUGGAACUUCGCGGAAAGACUCAGGACCUGCAGGCGUAGACACCACACCUACAACGGAUUCACAAAAACCAGCACAAGAACCACCGGCACCACCACCGAAGGCAGCACAACCACAACCAGCAACAUCCUCCAGUGGAGCCGCAGCGGCAUGCCCUGGUCCAGUUGGUCCCGCAGGUACAGCUCCUGCGUCCGGCCCUUCUGGUCCCGGCUCCUCAGGACCUGGUUCUACUGGUCCAGGUUCUACUGGUCAACAAAGCCCUGGUGCCUCAAGUCCUGCCUCCCCUCCUAGUGCUACUAACGAUCAAGGUAUCGGUUCUAAUAAAACAAAUGGCGGUAAUGAUUUUGUAUUAGGAUCAGAUCCUCCAAAAGCAGCAGGUGACUUAGGAGGAAAUUACGGCCCACGUACCCCACAGGUUCCCCAUACUGUAGUCCCAAACAAUGUGCCUUCGAAUGAUGGUGGUCCAACCCCGCCCGACCUAACGGCCGACGUCCUUACCGCCACUACUCCCGUACUCUUCUUCCUGUCCGCCCUCAUCGUCGCCAUUCUUGGUUAUUCCCUGUGGAAGGCGAGUACCAUAGGCACAUCUUCGGGCAAUGGCACAAGCGAAUAUGGCACAGAUGUUGGAACUGCGGCUGCAAGUACAAUUGCAACGACCAGCGUGUCGUUGAGUGAUGGCACGGAUGUGGGCACACGGGGUCAACGUAAUUUUUACGACGAUCAUGCGACGGGUAGUCGCGCGAAGAACACGGUGUUCGUGGACAUGCUGAGAAAAUUCAAGCCCAGGGACAAAGUAAAGGAGCCACGACCUAUAAAGAGCAAGCCACAGGGUGCAACAGCACAGAACAAGCUCAAGCAACUGUGUCAGAAAUUGAAACAGUGUAAAAUGGGGAGAAGAGCAUGGAUCAAGCUUAUAGUUGUUUUCUCAGUCCUGUAUCCAUUCCUUAUGUCCUCCGUAGGACAAAGCACGAUUAGUUACGCGGUACAUGGUAUCUUUAUGUUACAAGUAGCAGCUCUUAUGAAGCUUCCCGGGCUUGCACCUUUCAUACUAUUUGUAAUUAUCUAUUUGUGUGUGCUACUGAGAUUCUGCCGCUCCAAGACAGCGAAAUGUUUACUGGAUAAAAUUUGGAAGAAGAAGGAGAAGGAGGAAGCUGGCGCAGAAACGAAAAGCAACGAAGGAGAAGUAAAUAAGAAACAGGAAGCACUUAAAGAGCCAGGAACAUUUCAGAAACAGGAAGGACCUACGAAGAAGGAAGCAUCUGGGAUAUUAGAGUUACCUAAGAAACCUGAGACACGCGGGAAAUCAGAUGUACCUCAUAACCAGGAAACACCUAAGAAACCAGAAGUAUCUAACAAAACGGAGGUACCUUGA